AUGACUGGGGCAAGCGGCGGACGGAGCAGGACAGCCGUUUGCUCGCAGUCGAUGGAAGGCUCUGCAAUUCCCCCGUUAAGAUACCUGGGUGAUCCUGAGCUCAUGCAGCCCCAACCGAAGGUGAAGGAGCUGGUGAAGGCUGAAGAGUUUCAGAGCCGCCUGAAAAUCCUGCGGGAGGCUAUGCGCACGUACGGAGGAAUUGGAAUCGCAGCGCCGCAGAUUGGAUGGUGGGUCCGCGCGAUGUGCUUCGGCAUUGAAGACGGCAAUCCGCGUUAUCCUGCUGCGCCCCCGGUGCCUUUCCAGUACUGGAUCAAUCCUGAAAUCACUUGGUUUAGCAAGGAGACGAGCUGGAUGUGGGAAGGCUGCCUGUCUGUGCCCGGGAUGCGAGGCUGGGUUGAGCGACCCAGGGAAAUUUGCCUGAUGGGCCUUAACGAGCGUGGUGAGCUUGGCGAAGUGCACUUCAAGGAUUUGCCUGCGCGGAUUGCGCAGCACGAGUUCGAUCACCUGGAUGGAGUCCUGUUCCCCUCACGAGUUGAAAGUGCACAGCUGCUUGUGCCUCAGCCCGUCUUUGAUGGCAAGGGAAGCUGGGCAACUGAUUGGCCGACACCUGGAAGCUACCGAACCAAAGCUGGAGAUCUGUCGCUGCAGAAGUGA